AUGGAGGAGCUUGACCUCGUGGUAGUGGGUGCCGGUUGGUAUGGACUGGCUGCUGCCAAGCAGUAUCGCGAGAUAAAUCCUGAGCAUUCUAUUGCCAUAGUUGAUUAUGCUUCAAGUAUUGGGGGUGUGUGGGCGGAGCACAGGCUUUAUCCGGGACUCAAGUCGAACAACCUCUGGGGAACAUACGAGUAUCCAGAUUUCCCUAUGGACCCGUCCGUCUUUGGUAUUCAGCCACGCCAGCACCCUACAGGGCAGGCCCUCCACGCGUACUUGACGGCGUAUGCCAAGAAAUUUGGAUUCUUCGAUAAUGUCCAUUGUGGUGUAUGUGUGCUAUCUGCAGAGCACCUAGAGGAUGGGGGUUGGAUCCUGACCGUUCGGUCAGUCACCAAUUCGGAUCCCCAGGAGCCUCAGGGAGAAGAGUCGCGAAUGUUCGCUCGCAAGCUAGUUCUGGCUACUGGAAUGACUUCGGAGCCGUUUCUACCUCGCAUCAAGGGGCAAGCGGAUUUUGAUCGACCCUUAUUCCACAUCAAGGACCUCCUCAAGUACGCCGACGCCACGACUAGUAAAAGUGUGAGGAGGAUGACUGUCCUGGGUGGUUCUAAGUCGGCAUGGGAUGCUGUCUAUGCCUACGGAAGGAAGGGCAUCCCAGUUGACUGGGUUAUCAGGGCAAUCACCAACACAUUUUGGCACGUCCUCGGCUCUGAUGUCAUUACCUUGAACGGUUACGACAGUCAUCCAGAGAUGGCGAAGCUCAAGCCCUGGACGAGCGCCAUGUUUACAGCGAGCACAUUCAGCAUCUUGAAUUAUGAUACCGACUUUUUGAGCUCCUCCGUAACGGCGGCCUUUGACUCAGACGACCAGAUUACUCCCGAUACUGCCCUCAGCCCUCCACUUCUGUAUCACUUUAUUGCACCUGUAUCGCCACGGUUCUUGCGUACACGAGACUUUGCAUUUGCGGGUGGAAUUAUGAAUUUCAGUGCUGCGAUAUGUGCUCACAUACAAGGUCUUUGGAUUGCGGCCUACUUUGACGGAAAGCUGGUCCGUGAUCCCACUGCUGGUAUCUCGACCUCCGGGCCAUCCCAGAGAUCGGAGCCCGCGUCAUUGUCACUUGAAGAUAUUCAGUACGAAACGAUUCUCUAUAAUCGGUUUGGGCGAUGGAGGUACCCGGCCGACCAUGGAGCCAAGUUUCCCGACUUUGUUUUUGACGUCGUUCCGUACAUGGAUGUCAUGAUGGCGGAUCUCGGCUUGCAAGUGCACCGCAAAGGCGGGUGGUUUAAAGAGAUCACAGACCCGUACGGGCCUGAGGAUUACGUGGAUAUUAAUGAUGAGUGGAGGAGAAAGUUUGCAGAAAAAUAA